GCGUUUUGAAAACGCAGAAAGUCGCGGCGCAGUCAUUUGCAACAAUAAUGGGAGAAGCCUUGAAAGAGAACGUAAUGGAGUCAGUAAGAUCAGUUGUUUUCAAAGAAUCAGAAAAUCUUGAAGGUUCUUGCCAAAAAAUCCAAGGCUAUGAUUUCAAUAAAGGUGUUAACUAUGCUCAGCUUUUCAAGUCUAUGGUUUCCACUGGUUUCCAAGCUUCUAAUCUUGGUGACGCCAUUCAAAUUGUUAAUCAAAUGCUAGAUUGGAGGCUUUCACAUGAGCUACCCACGGAGGAUUGCAGUGAAGAAGAAAGAGAUGUUGUAUACAGAGAGUCGGUGACCUGCAAAAUCUUUUUGGGUUUCACUUCAAACCUUGUUUCUUCUGGAGUUAGAGACACCGUCCGCUACCUUGUUCAGCACCGUAUGGUUGAUGUUGUGGUUACUACAGCUGGUGGUAUUGAGGAGGAUCUCAUAAAAUGCCUUGCACCAACCUACAAGGGGGACUUUUCCUUACCUGGAGCUGUUCUACGCUCGAAAGGAUUGAACCGUAUUGGUAACUUAUUGGUUCCUAAUGACAACUACUGCAAAUUUGAGAAUUGGAUCAUCCCAAUUUUCGACCAAAUGUAUGAGGAGCAGAUUAAUGAGAAGGUUCUGUGGACACCAUCCAAAGUCAUUGCUCGCCUGGGUAAAGAAAUUAACGAUGAGACCUCAUACUUGUAUUGGGCUUACAAGAACCGGAUUCCUGUCUUCUGCCCCGGCUUAACCGAUGGAUCACUGGGUGACAUGCUAUACUUCCAUUCUUUCAAAAAAGGAGAUCCAGAUAAUCCAGAUCUUAAUCCUGGUCUAGUCAUAGACAUUGUAGGAGAUAUCAGGGCCGUGAAUAGUGAAGCUGUCCAUGCUGGUUUGAGGAAGACGGGAAUGAUUAUCCUGGGUGGAGGGCUGCCUAAGCACCAUGUUUGCAAUGCCAAUAUGAUGCGCAAUGGUGCAGAUUUUGCUGUGUACAUUAACACUGCACAAGAGUUUGAUGGUAGUGAUUCUGGUGCCCGUCCUGAUGAAGCUGUAUCAUGGGGAAAGAUACGUGGUGGUGCCAAGACCGUUAAGGUGCAUUGUGAUGCAACAAUUGCAUUUCCCAUAUUAGUAGCUGAGACAUUUGCAGCUAAGAGUAAGGAAUUCUCCCAGAUAAGGUGCCAAGUUUGAACACUGAGGAAGCUGUCCUUCCAACCACAUAUGAGUUGCUAACUUUUGAAGCCAACUUGUUAGUGUGCAGCACCAUACAUUCAUGUACCCUGAGUAAGAGAUCCUGUUUGGUUCAAAUAAAUUAUUUUUUCUCCCAUUCCCACCAUGUUUUUUGGGAAGGAGCCAUAUUUAGUUCUCUCCCUGGUCUUAAGUGGAGAGCUCAGAUGUGCAUAGGUUUUGAAUCACGUUGUAUCAAAGAUUAUGAGGUUUAGACGUUGGUGAUAACUGAUUAGACCAUUUACGAUAUUGACGAUCCUUGUAAUAUGAGAUUUAAAGAUGUUAUUGAUUACUGACACAUUUCUUUU